AUGUCCCAAUAUGGCCGGAAACGUAACGUUAUUGAACUGGAGGUAGGGGGAGAAGAGACUCACCACUCAGACUACAGCAACAGCAACAGCAACAGCAACAGCAACAGCAACAGCAACAGCAACAGCGACUUUGAAGAUAUUAUAUCUUCCCACAUGACACGAGACGAGAUGAUAGCACAAUUGCAUAAAAUGUCCCAGUCUAGCAACUGGACCAUGAACGUGCCACCAAUCGAUCUUCAAUACCAAUCGAGCACAACUCAACAGCAAGAUGAAUGUCUCGAUGACGUGAUUGAGACUUAUUUGGAAACCCCCGACUUGAAAUUCUAUAAAGAAGCCCAUUUGAAUUAUGUAAUGAAAUGCCUCACUGCCAAGUUGCCGAGUGGAUACAAAUCGCUUGAUGCCAACCACCCGUGGAUGAUGUAUUGGUUGUUGAAUUCGUAUUUCGUUAUACACCGUGAUGUUGUAAAUGCCUCUUUAGACGAUGAGAUUAUCGGAUUGGUUAAUGAAAAGAUUGAGACGUGUAUAAUUGACGAUGGCAAAGGUGGAAUUGCUGGUGGCGCCAAUCAAAUGGGCCAUCUAGCAUCAACAUAUGCUGCUGUGUUGACCCUUGUCCUUACUAAAAAUAAGACUACAUUGUUGAGAAUAAGGAAUAAUUUGUACUCGUGGAUAAUGAGCUUAAAAUGCAAGUUGAGCCAUGGCUCAUCAUUUAUCAUGCAUGAACUAGGAGAAUACGAUGCUCGUUCAACAUACUGCGCCCUUGUGAUAGCAUCGUUGUUAAACAUGGUGACACCUGAAUUGAUCGAAGGUGUUCCAGAUUGGAUUGUUUCCUGCCAAACUUAUGAAGGUGGAUUUGCUGGAGUGCCCAAUACCGAAGCUCACGGAGGGUACACAUUUUGCGCCUUUGCAUCACUAUUUAUAAUAAAUAAAGACCCACAAGCUGUAAUUGAGCAAAUACAAUUUGACAAAUUUGUUAGAUGGUGUGUUGAAAGGCAAACCUAUGAAGGCGGGUUUUCAGGGAGAACUAAUAAGUUAGUUGACGCGUGUUAUAGUUUCUGGAUUGGUGCAUUGAUACCCAUGAUUGAUAUUCUACGCCCGUCACACAUUAUAAAUAAAGCAGCUUUGAGAAAUUACAUCUUGCGAGUUGCCCAAGUUGAGUCUGGAGGAUUUCGCGACAAGCCAGGAAAGCUGUUUCUAGCCAAUGCCGGUAUUUACCCCACCACUACAAGACAAUACAAGUUGAGUGAUGUUGAAGCAGCGUUGAAAGAAGUCCAUGGUGCUUCUGUGUAUGUUGGAUGUUUGAAUAACUCAAUUGACGAAAUCUGGUAUUAUCACAAUUUACAAGGAAGUGUAUUGACAGGAUUGUACAGGCCAAUUGACUCUUUAACCAAUAGCACUUGUAAAGAGAAUGUGUGGUAUAUUCCAAAGUGA